GACAGGAAAGCGUAAUUUCGCUCGUUAGAUCGAAAAAAAAUGUAGCGAUGAAAGGUUUUGCUGUGGAGAUAUAGAAGGUAGCCUGUCCAUCGUACAAGGUGGGUCAUGCAUGUAUUAGCUGGUUGGCUUUCGUAACUUGAUCUGACCCUGCGUCAGAAUUUCACUAUGUCGGAAGAAUACCUUUCUUAUCCACAAGCUACUGAUCGAACGAGUGGAUGUGAGCGAUAACUCUAAGCACAGAUUAUGGUGAAAAAUGUCGUGGAGAAACUCAAGCUCAGGAAGAACUCCCGAGGAGGAGGAAGCUGAUUACGAUCCUGAUCUUGACCUCGAAUCAGACACUGAUUAUGAUUCUGACGAACGAGAAAACUCUCCCCCUAGAAGGAGACGACGACAUGAAGAUGAGGCUCAGCCAAUGCGCGAAGACCCACCACGAAUUCAGGAAGACCGAGACGCUGAGCCGCCUCUGGAUGUCAAACGUCUGGAGGCUGAUGCUGAGAUUGACAACCACUACAAGAAAGUGAAAGUCCUCGGAGCGGGCGCAUACGCCGUGACCCACGAGGUUUUAGAUGCAAAAAAUCCGGGUGUCAGAUACGCGAUGAAAAUUCAAGAAAAACCAGAAAGGGAUUCCGCAUCUGCUGAAUCUGAUGGAAAACAAAAUCAUCUGCGGAUGUACAAGGAAGUCGUGAUUCUGAAUAUAGUACUUCCCAGACACAAGAAUAUCAUUUGCCUCAAAGACUUGCUUCUGAGCAAGAACAACGUCUACAUAGUGCAAGAAUUGUGUCAGGAACUAAACCUGGAAGAUUUUUACCCCGUUGCGGAUAAUAGCAGUGGCCGUAUGAUUUUCAAGCAAUUGGUUGAAGCAGUCCAUUUCAUGCAUCAGUUCGGCGUGGUUCACGCCGAUCUCAAAGCAGAGAACAUUCUCUUCUCUAAGCCUGACUUCUCGGAAUGCAAAAUCAUAGACUUCGGUUUAGCUGUGUACAAACCGGAGUGGGCCACGCGCCGUCGGAACAAUUUCGACGUUAGCGAAUGGUUUAGCGAGGAGGAACUUGUCACGGAUGACGAUUUAUACGAGCAAGCAACACCUGCGACAGAUAUAGAAUCCUUGGGCAGAAUAUUGUUCUCGAUCAUGGCUGGUACAGAAGUUCCAGUCUUAUCAGAAGAGCUUAUGAAUCUCGACGAUAAUCCGUACGAGCCUAGAUAUGAAAUUUUCGAUGAGAGCGCAGCCGAUUUGCUGGAAAACGUUAUGUGCCCGAUGGUCUUCCGCCCCGAUGAGGCAGUGGAAGCUCCUGAUUUGGGACAGGUUCUUCAGCAUCCUUGGCUCGCAGGAGAAGAAAUUCCAGCUCCCCCCGAAGAAUUUCUUGCUCUUUCCCAAGAAUCUGUACAAAGUUCGAUGGACUUCGCCAUCCUACAAUCCAAUCUAACCGCACUCGCAGACCUCUUCAAAGACUGGCUGAAAAGCCCUGCGACGGUCAUGAGAGAUAUCGAUGACCUCACCAUGUAUUACGAGGCGACGAGAUCCAUGCUUCGAGGCACCAAAGUCAUGGAGUGCGUGGACGUUCGGGAUGAAAGUAGAGUGUAUGCGUUGAAAGUAUUGGCAAGGGUAGGAGAGGAUGCGAACAUGACCGAAGAAGAGGUUAUGAAUCAGCCGUUUAGGAUAUACAAUGAAUUGUUGAUCAGGUUGAGAAUCCUUCCCAGACACGACCAUCUCGUUAGCAUAGUGGACGUACUCGUCCAAAAAGAUUUUGUGGUUGUUGUGAGCGAGUUGUGUGAGGGCCCGACGUUGGAAGAGUUUUUCCCUCUCGCCCGAAAUGGCACAGCUCGCCACAUUUUCAAGCAGCUCGCAGAGACCGUCCGCUUCAUGCAUGAAUUCGGCGUCGUGCACAUGGACCUCCAUUGCCAUCACAUCGUCGUCACGGACGAGCAUUUCACUCACUGCAAGAUCGUGCAGUUUAGUAAAGCUCUGUACGAUUCAGAGUUGGCCACGAGAGGCUACAUGUUCUUCGAUCGCGAGGCCGGUCGAUGGAUAAACGGUGACCUCGAGUUUAUGGCUCUCGAUGCCAACGUCGAGGUAGACAUCAGAGCCUUAGGCAGAAUUCUACACUCCAUGAUGGCUGGAAUCCAUACAGAGGACACUUCUAAUCUUCCCCCGCCUCGACUAGAUCUUUUUGACCCGCAUGCUGCAGAUUUGCUCUCGAAAAUAGGCCCCAGCCCUUUCGGACCGGACGAAAAUCAGUGGAAUCACAUGACUCUGCUCCAGAUCUGUCAGCAUCCGUGGCUGCUGUUGACUUGAACUCUGAUACAGAACGUACUUUUGAGACAUUCUUCUUCUACGUGCUGACGUUGUGCUAGAGGUAUAGCAGGCAGCAAGCAUCAAAAUUCAGCAAAAUCGAUAGUCUUUCAGACUGAAUAUUUGAUUGAAGAUCCAAUGCCUUUGUCUGCAAAUCUUGCAAUCUAAUCACUCUCUCAAUCUUUGAGAGUAUUAUUACAGUCGUGGCCUUCACUAGUGCAGGUUAGUCAAAGUGCAGCCCAUACAAAGGCUGCAAAACCUGGCCUCUGCAGAGUAGUUUGUAAGUCUGGAAUGUUGAACACGCUUGGAUGUAGUAGUUGAAGCAUGAUGAGUAUAUGGGGCACAGUACUAGGAAAUCAUCCAUAGCAGUUGUGGUAGAGCAUGGAGGUAUGGUAAUCCAAAGUGAUACUUAUAAGAUCCAUGUUUAGAGUGAAAUUAUUUCUUCCAUUCAACAGUGCAUUGAGUGGC